CGCGCUGAACGAAACUGGUUUCCGGUAACAGUACAGCGAGCGUAAACAAGAUAAAUAGUUAUUGUAACAGUCCUUACAGGAUGACUUUAUUCUUGCUGCUUCUUUUUUGUUCUGUUUCAUCUGCAGUGAGACACUCGCUGAUAAAUUACUUCACCGGAUCUGCUGGAGUCCCAAACGGGACACAGUUUGUGGGUGUUGCUGUGGUUGAUGGCGUUGAGGCAGUUUACUGUGACAGCAGCAACAAGAUACUGGAAUCAAGACAGGACUGGGUGAAGAAAGUGUUUGAUAAUGACUCUCAGCUGUUGGAGUGGUACAAACAUGAGUGCUUUAACAUUCAGCCAAGCGCCUUUAGAGCACGGAUUGUUAGUUUGAAACAGCAGUUCAACCAAAGUGAAGGUUUUUACAUCUUACAGACUAGAAGUGGCUGCGAAUGGGAGGAAAGCACUGGAGAGAAGUUUGGCUUUUUGAAGUAUGGCUAUAAUGGAGAAGACUUUAUUGAACUGGAUCUGAACACACUGUCGUGGGCUUCACUGAAACCAGAGGCUGACACUACCAAACAAAGCUGGGAUGCUGACAGGAACAGAACAAAACUAAAUAAAGUCUUCCUCACUGACAUCUGUCCAGAGCGGCUGAAAUCGUUCUUAGAAUUUGGGAACAGCUCCCUGCAGAGAACAGUUCCUCCUUCAGUGUCUCUCCUCCAGAAGUCUUCCUCCUCUCCAGUCAGCUGCCACGCUACAGGUUUCUACCCCGACAGAGCCGUGAUGUUCUGGAGGAAAGAUGGAGAGAAAGUUCAUGAAGGUGUAGAGAUAGGAGAUAUCCUCCCCAACGAUGAUGGGACCUUCCAGAUGAGUGUUAAUCUGAAUGUUUCAUCAUUCACACCUGAAGAGUGGAGCAGAUUUGAUUGUGUGUUUCAGCUCUCUGAUGUGGAGAAGAUCAUUGUCACAAAACUGAAUAAAACACUGAUCCGAACAAACUGGAAGGAAAAAAUGACAAAAGAGAAGUCCUCCAACAGGGCCAUCACUGUCAUUGUUGUUCUUCUUAUUUUCAUCCUCGUUGCUGUCGCUGGAUUUGCUUUUUACAAAAAGAAGAAAGAAAAACACUUUACACCUUCUGCUGUCAACAUCUGCGAACUCUCUGAGGGAAAGAAUGAAGACACCACAUAAAUAAGCAUAGUGUGUACAUAAGUCUACACACAUCCAGUUAAACAAGUGAAGCGCAAAGAAGAUUGUUGUGUCUUGAUGCAUGCUCAAUCAUCCUGGAAAGGAAAUCCCAAAAAGUUGAUU